GGACAGAUAUCUCAACAACCAUCACUACAUUGAUAACUUUUUGCCAACUCUUCAGGGCUGGGAUGUAAUUGGUCAGUUAUGGUCUGGGGUGCAGACCUUAGCCUUGUCCGGCCUGUAUAAAUACUGGAGGGUUUAGGUCAGAUUUACAUCGACAAGAUAAAUCAGCAAUAAUGAGGUCUCUGGUCUUCCUUGUGCUCCUCGGAGCUGUUUUUGCAGAGGAGGAUAAGAUUGUUGGAGGGUAUGAGUGCAAGGCCUACUCCCAGCCCUGGCAGGUGUCUCUGAACUCCGGCUACCACUUCUGCGGUGGUUCCCUGGUCAACGAGAACUGGGUUGUGUCUGCUGCUCACUGCUACAAAUCCCGUGUGGAGGUUCGCAUGGGCGAGCAUGACAUCACUUACCGUGAGGGCUCUGAGCAGUUCAUCAGCUCCUCCCGCGUCAUCCGCCACCCCAACUACAGCUCUUACAACAUCGACAACGACAUCAUGCUGAUCAAGCUGAGCACGCCCGCCACCCUGAACCAGUAUGUGCAGCCCGUGGCUCUGCCCACCAGCUGUGCUGCCGCUGGCACCAUGUGCACCGUGUCCGGCUGGGGCAACACCAUGAGCUCCGUGAGCGGUGACAGGCUCCAGUGCCUGGACCUCCCCAUCAUCUCUGACCGCGACUGCAAGAACUCCUACCCCGGCAUGAUCACCGACGCCAUGUUCUGCGCUGGAUACCUGGAGGGAGGCAAGGACUCUUGCCAGGGUGACUCUGGUGGCCCCGUGGUGUGCAACGGUAAGCUGCAGGGUGUUGUGUCCUGGGGCUACGGCUGUGCUGAGCCCGGAAACCCUGGUGUCUAUGCCAAGGUCUGCAUCUUCAACGACUGGCUCACCCAGACCAUGGCCAGCUACUAAAUCGGACCUCUGAAUCAUAAUCUGAGUAUAGCUCUGAUGGAAAAGAUCUUGUAAACUGAAUAAAAUCAAUGAAAACA